AUGGCGGCUUCAAGUCAACCGACGCUGAGAUCUCUUGCGGCCAAGAUCUCAGAGCUCUCUGAGGCUUUGAAUGGAUACCUCGACGAAGAGAAGGUCCCGGCUGCAUCGUUCGCCGCGGACAGCCCGACAAGAUAUCCGAACUUGCCGCCUAAUAUUUUUAUGGUUCGCCAAGAGCUGCUGGACAACCUGAACGACCUGUGGUAUUUAGCCCAGGGUCCUAGUGAGAGCGUGUUCAAUUACGUUCACUCGGCUAUACCGAAUGCGGCGGCACUGAACGUCCUAAACUCUUUCGACUUCUGGUCUGCCGUGCCCCUGAGCGGCUCCGCUUCCUAUGAAGAAGUGGCCGCCAAAGUAGCGCUUCCAAGAGACGUGGUAUACAGAAUCCUGCAACAUGCCAUCACCAUGCGACUGUUCGCCGAGACCCGCGACGGCUCUGGAGCGUCGCGCAUCGAGCAUACCUCGCGCUCCGCAGCCUUGGCGCAAGCCUCCGGUCUCAGAGCUCUGGUAUCAUCGAUUCUCGGCGACUCAGGUGCGCCAAUGAUGGUCCUGAACGAAGCUUUGCGUCGCUUCAGCUCUGGUCAGCCCGGCCUCUCGCAGAAGAUGGACGAGACAUCAUUCGCGCUGCUUUAUGGCAGAAGCCAGCUUGGAGACUUCAAGAACUCGUGGGAGCUCCUAGAGAACGACGGCGAAGGGGACAAGCAGGGUUGGCGGCAACGUAAUUUUGUGGAGUUCAUGCGCUAUCUGAACGACUUGUUCCACCUCGAGAAUGUCGUGUUGGACUCGUAUGAGUGGCCUUCUGAAGGUCAAAUUUCCGUCGUUGAUGUCGGUGGUUCCGCGGGUAGCGAUGCGAUUCGUCUUGCUCGACAGUUUCCAGGCAUGUCUGUGACGGUUCAGGACUUGAAGCAUGCCGGGCCGGCGUUCGAAGCGGCUCUGCCUCAGGACUUGUCAGACCGAGUCCGUUUUGUGGAGCAUUCCUUCUUCAACGUUCAGCCGGUCACCGCAGACAUUUAUCUGUUGAAGAUGAUCUUGCAUGACUGGCCAGAUGCCGAGUGUGCUCAAGUUCUGCGGAACCUGAUUCCAGCUAUGAAACCGGGUGCCAAGGUUAUUUUGAUCGAAUAUAUUGGCGGCGCCGGCGAAGAGAACAGCGAAGCCACAGAGGCUAUUCCCCUGUCUUCGAAGCAGUAUGGAACCGCGACAGAUCUAAGACUGAUGGCCAUGUUCAACGGAAAAGAGAGACCUAUCAGUGCUUGGAAGUCGAUCUUUGAUAUUGCAGAUCCGCGGUUCAACGUUAGAGCAACAAAGGUGGCACCAAGCGGUUUCUUCGGUAUAGUCGAAGCCUCUUGGGAUGACAAGUAG